AUGAAAUUAUCAAAACUUAUCAAACUUGAUUGUUGCCCUCUCCAGGAUACGUGUACUCCUCCUCGGAAGUCCUCCUCCAGGAUCUUCAUGGAUUCCUCCAGUCUCCCCCAGGCUUCCCCAGGUUCCUCGUGGACUCCACCAGGCUGGCUCCUCCUCCAGGACUCCUUAGGAAUCCUCUCCUCCAGGAUCCUCGUAGACUCCACCAGGCUGGCUCCUUCUCCAGAAUACUCAGCGACUCUCUCCUCCAGGAUCCUCGUGGACUCCCCCAAGCUCCCCCAGGCUGGCUCCUCCUCCAGAAUAGUUAGCGACUCUCUCCUCCAGCUUUCUCGUGGACUCAUCCUCAUAUCUUUGGCUCCAGUACUUCUCCUCCUCCGGUUGUGGACUCCUCGUGGACUCACCUGGGGCUCCUCCAGGCUCCCCCCAGGACUCUUCCGGACUCCUACUCCUCGUGGACUUAUCGCGGACUCCUCCUCUUUUCCUGGGCUCAUCGCGGACUCCUCCUCCGAUUCUGGGCUGUUAGGACUCCUCCUCAAGUUCUGGGCUGCUGAUAAUCAAGACUUAUUGGCGUAA